AAAUCCAAUCAGCGAAGUAUUGCACUGUUAUUACACGUAACACAAAUCACAUGCCUGAAAUAUUCACCAUCAAACAUGCAUGGGUUCUGCAAGUCACUGCUAUAAUUCUCACGCCAAUUUUCAAUAUAUUUGAUCGGACAGUUCAUUUAUUCGAUAGGUUCAGACAGCAUUAGACAUCUUUGGAAGCCAUCCAACGUUCAAAGAUGUCGAUAGAAGGAUAUAAACGAAUUAGAAAUAAAAAAAUAUCGCGUUAUUCACUACAAUACAUGCUAAAGUGUCUUGAAGACCCUGAACACCCUUCGGCGGGUCCAUAUCUCAGCUUUAUGAACCUCACGGGAAACUGGCACCCGAACAUGGAAUUAAAAUCCACCCGUUUUAAACAGAUGGUAUAUUACAUACUUAUGACCUUUUUCUUCAGUCAGUAUUUAAAAUGUUUGAUCGGGUUAGAUCUCAGUGCUCUUCUUUUCAUUAUACAAACCGCUCCUUUUCACAUGGGCACACCUAAGACCAUCUUUUUCCGGAAGGACUAUCAUCUCUGGGAGAAAUUGAUCGACUACAUGUCACGCACAGAGCUGCGACAGCUCUCUGAUGAAGAUGAAGAAGUGAUCGACGUUAUGGACGAGUAUAUUAGGAAGAGUAGGAGAGUAAUUUACCCAUUUUGGUUUAUGGCUAUCUGUUGCAACAUAAGUUUAUUCACUGACCCGUACCAGAAAAAUCAAAUUGUGGAGAAUGGAACGGAUAUUUACGUACCGCUUUUCCAAUUUUACGUUCCUUUCAACCAGGAUGUUCCGCCAGGAUACUAUUAUUCCAUGGUUAUUCAGACAAUUCUAGGUAAUAUAAUGAGUUCUUACAUCAUCUCUUGGGACUCGUUGGUAAUAUCUACGUUCAUAUUUUUCGCCGGUCAGCUCAAGAUUUCUCGCGUCUAUUGUACCAAAGUUAUAGACCCUGAGAGCAAAGAACGAAGUCACGAGAAUAUUAUAAAAUGUCACCGUUUCCACACGUCUCUAAAAGAGCACCAGAAAUUAUUCGAAAAAUUGAUAUCAUCCGUGAUGUUCAUAUACCUUAUUGUGAUAUCUAUAAACUUAGGAUCCUGCAUCAUACAAAUCUCAAAUGCGUCAGGCGAUUUACCAGCGAUGAUGGCAGCCAUGCUAUUCGUAUUUGGCAUUUUAGUUCAACUUUUAAUAUUCUAUUGGUUCAGCAAUGAAGUUACAGUAGAGAGUUUAUCAGUUAGCUCCGGUAUAUUUGAAAGCAAAUGGAUAACCAUGGAUGCGAAAAUCCAGAAGGAAGUUGCUUUGCUGCAACACACCACGUCCAAACGGCUUUUUUUCAAAGCCGGGCCAUGUAAUGAAAUGUCUCUCGACACCUUUGUUGCAAUACUAAAAACCAGCUACAGUUUCUUUACUCUACUGAAAGAAACAAAGUAGGAGCCUAAGCUAAAUCAACGUUCUACACAAUCCACACAAAAUUAUAUACAUAGAAUACAUAGUGAUGUGAUGAUGUUACUGACCACCUCUUUGAUCACCAUUAGAAAACUAAAUAGCAUGUUAUAAUUAUUUCGUUAAGAAGCAGCUUAGUAGGUUUCCGCCUGUACACCCAGCUGGCAAAAGGGUAAUGGCCACUUUGUGAAUUAAUUCUAUUCAUGUGUCCAAGCAAUUUUGCAGUUCACUGUACCAAGAAAGUUGUCUAGCAAAUCACAUAUUAACAAUACUGACACAUUAGGAAAAACAUGAACAACACAAAAAGUGAACCAAUUUGAGCAAACAUAAAGCUUGUAUCGAAUAACAAUAAAAUUGUCUAAUUGUAAUUUGGUAAGAGAGGUACUUAAGUCCCUAUUUUGGUAACGUCCCUCAGUUCAGUCCGGGCAUUCCCAGAGGGAACUAAUGGCCAAAGUUGAUAAUGAAAGAAUAAUAAAAUUUACCUCUGAAAAGUCUUACUAGGCAUUUAAAAUUCAAAACAUAUUUAUGAAAUUAGGAUUAGUCUUUCAUAAUGGAUUAGGAGGGAUUUAAUAAUGAAAUUAUUAACGACGAAUUGAUAGAAUUAAUUUUGAUCAAUAAAGGUUCGCUCCUC